AAGUGCGCUUGUUAUUUGUUUACACAUGUAUUUUUAAAACUGCCGAAUAAGCUGCAUAGAUUAAGAUCAAAUAUUUCUCCAAAUCUAGAGUUCUUUAAAGUGUUAUUUAAGCAUAUGCGGUAAUAUUUAAUGGGGUUCUGUUUUCUUAACUGAAUUUGCUAUUCUAUUUAUUUGUUUCACUAUGUCUGUCUUUGUGACAGUCGGUUCAACUUCUUUUGAUGACCUCAUUCAGACAGUCUCUUCACCAGAAGUCCUCCAACUUCUUGCUGAUGAGGGUUUCAGAAAAGUAGUCCUGCAGAUUGGGAAGGGAAAUCUGCUGCCUGAAAAAAGUGAUAUCAUUGAAGUCGAAUGGUUUCGAUACAAGGACAGCAUAUCUCAGGACAUCCGAGAUUCUUCAUUUGUGAUUGGACAUGCAGGUGCAGGAACAAUUUUAGAAUCGCUGAUUGAACAUAAACCUUUCAUUGCAGUUCUUAAUGAGAAGUUGAUGGACAAUCAUCAGACUGAACUUGCUGAACAAAUGGCCAAAGAAGGAUAUUUAGCAUAUUGUUCUUGUUCAAAUCUAUUAGAAACUCUGAAGGAAUGUUUGCAUUCCAAAUCUUUUACACCUUUUAUAUCAGAACCGAAUAUGUUUCCUGCAUUUUUAGAAGAAUUCAUGGGUUUCAGCACAUGAUGGCUUUCAUUAAAAAAAAUGAUAAUAUUUAGAUUUUUGUUAGUGAAUUUAUUUAAAGUGGAAAUCAUUUGUUGUUAAUUUGAUAAUUUUAUUUUCUGCAUCUGGCACCAUUUAUCAAAUAAAUAUUUAAUUUUUGUCCCUAAUUAAAUUUGUGUAUUAUUUUAUGUUAAUAAAGAUAUUAUUAAAUUAAUUUUAUUCCAA